AUGAUCUUUGGUCCACGUAGCAGAGAAUGGCUUGCCAUUGUCAGCCACCUAGUUCUCCUUGCAAGCAUCUUCAAUGUUGUUCAAGGCUUCCCGGUUGAGUUCAAUCAGACCAUUGCCUCUGUUUAUGUGGAAAGGCGCAACUCGGAACCAUCUACCGACACAUGGACAGAUCCUGGAGGAGCCUAUACUGGAUUCCGUUUACACAGCUCGUGUGUCAACCACCAAGAUUUCUUUAGGAGUGUACUGGAUAAUAUGCAUACUGUUAAUGCCCAGGCCAAAGUGAAAACAUUGUCAGGCUUCGUGAGCAAAUACAAUCAAGGAAAUUCUACGAAUGGGUUCAAAAUCGACGUAUAUUGCGAUGAAAUCGUUUGGAAGACUGAUGGUACAAAGGACGAGGACGGAGACUACGUCUACGCAUUGGAUGAUCCACUGUCUAUUCCGACCGGGAGAGAAAACAAGGACAGUAUCUGCAAAGAAGAAAAUGGCGCCCAAAAGACACUUGCAUUUGUCACCAGCAGUAGAGAUAACAGUAAGGACUUUAUGACUGUCUGUCCCAGAGCCUGGAAAGCGUGGACAGACAAAACCCUCGUUUCUAAGAAACAGGAGCCUCUGAAAUCGCUUCUGACCGAAAACAUCGAUGAAGUCUUGGACAGCACUCCUGAGAGUCUGUUUUUACACGAACUGAGUCAUGCGGAAUCAUACUUUGGCAGGUCGGGUAGUCUGAACGACGAGGCCUUGAACUAUGGUACAGAAGCCUAUGAAUGGGUCGACAUCAACAAACUUGCAAAGCAGGAUAAAGAUCAGACAUCACUGGGGAAGAUACAUAUUGAUGUACAUGAUUUCUGUGAAAAAGCAAAUUGGGGAGAUGGUACUUGCAGAGAUUUCAAGAAGGUGAACUGA